AUGGGGGGCCGCCCUGCCGUGAUUCAGCGCCGCUCCACGUGCGCCCGCCCGGGCCGCUCGGACCCGGGACUCGGAGGCCCCUGCCGCAGCCCACUGGUCGCCCCUCCGAGCCCCCGCCCGCCUUUCCGAGACCCUCGGAUCGCUUUUUGCUCGGUCCGGGCGAGGACCCGCCCAACGCCCUUUGUCUGGCCACUUUCCCGCCGCCCGGGCCGCGGUGGUCCCCGACCCUCAAGCUUUUCUCUCCUCGGCCCUUUCUUUCCCAGCACUUUUUUUGCUUUUCUUUCCCAGUUCUCUGGACUUCAUCAUUCCUUCGCUUUGGGACGGCGCUUUUCCCGACCUUGCCGCGCCCUUCUCCGCAAGCCCCUUCCCCGGGCGGUUCCCUCCCGACCCUUUACUGCUCCUGCUGCUCCGAUCGCCCUUCCUCGACCCCCGGACUUUCCUUCCCUCCUCUCCCGAGCCCCCCAAGUCUCCUCCUGCCUGUUUGCUUUCCCAGGCAGCUUUAGUCUUAGAACUGCCCAAGAUGAGCCCAGAAGAGUUGAGAUUCAAAGCAAAACAAAACAAAACAAAACAAAAUGCAGCAACACUAUGAGGAGUGACCAGUGUGGAAGCUUCGGGCAAGGGGAUAGAGAAAUUUGGUCCGGAUAGUGUUUUGUAUUAAAUGUGGGAUUUGGCGCUUCUUUCUGCUUAAUGUUGGUGGGACAACGCAGCUUCCGCUGGGGCAGAAGAAAAAGAAGUUAUGCUUAUAGUCUCAAAGAGGUGGAAAACUUCGCAAAUCUAAGAGGACUGGAGUGAGGAUAUGAACCUAGCAAUGUCUGACGAUGGAGUGGGCCUUACCCUCAGUGUGAUGUUAACUUUCUUCAAUGACUGAACAGCUACCAGUGGCCAAGGAUAAACUAGACUUUCAGCGGUGAACUUAAUGUUGGAAUUUAAUAUCAUCGUAUAAUGCUACCUCAAAACAAGUAAAAUUAAUUAAAAGCUAAUUGUUUAACUCUUAGUUCAUGUUAUAAAACAUCUGAAGUGUGCUUUUUGG